GCCACAACCUGCCGUUGCACCACCAUUUCGAAGUUUUGAUGAAACCCACGAGACUUGGCGGGAAUGGUCCCGCCAGUUUGCCUUCCACCUCGCCGCCUACAGAAUUCAAGGCGGCCGGUGCUGAGUGAACGCCUGCUGGACUACCAGGAGUGGUACCUCUCCUUUCGUGACGACUUCAGCGCGCAGUGCGAGGAGCAGCAGCCAAAGGCGGCAGAGAUGUUCGGUGUCGCCGACGCGGUCUACUCCUUCUAUCGGAUCAACUGGCUGACAACUAAAUAUAGCCCAUCUGUCAGAGACUUCAUAGAUGAGAAGUGGCAGCUGGAGGACCAAAGCAACGCCGUGCUCAACGUGGACACUGACUGCCUGCAGCUGUUGGCUGAUGUCCUGGAGCACCCCACGUGCCCACUGGACGACCUGCCACCGGAGACCAUCCAGCAGCGCCUACAGUGCCGCGAGCAGCUGUGGGGCGACGUGGUGCAGAGGUCGCCCCACGUACCCGUCACCAGCUACCUGGCCUACACGCAGAGGGUGAACGUCAACCUCUGUCUGCUGGCCUGGAUGGCAGUCAACUCGUUUGGCAUUUGUCAGGACGUCCCAUUCAGUAUCAUGCAAUCCGUGCACGACGCUCGCUGCUACUUCGAUAGUACUGACGACCAGUCGUGUAUGGAAUCGAACACCACAGACGCCCUCUGCUCUGUCUCCAGAGCUAUUCUGCUGCUCAAGUGUCACGACUUUUCUUUCCACGAAUCUACUGAGCUGUGUGCCGUCAGAUAUUACGGAGCUGGACUGUACCCAGAUGACUUCAAAGCAACGUGGUCAAAUCCCCUCAAAGGUUAUGUAAAGCCAACAGAAAGGACACUGAGUUACAAAGAGAGUUUACAUAGUGCCACCUUGAAAUACAAGAAUUUUAAAAUCGACAGGUUAAAACCUUUAGAAAUAUCGUUCGUAGUGGUAAAUAUUCUUUUCCGUUUUUUGACUGCCGGACUGUACAUGCGCCUUCCACAUUUACGUAAUCUGCCUGGAAAGAUUUUCUUGUUCUUCCAGAUCACGGGUAUAGUCCAGAUCCUGUGUUCUGAGGUCGUUUAUCGGUUGGCAGGCGUCCCCGACUUAUCUGUAAUGGUACUGAUCGAUAGCGCCCUCACGUUUCUCAGCUGUACCUGGCUAAACUCAUUCUGCUACCACAUGUACGCUUGUGUUCGUCAUCUGAGGCUUCCUAACGAGCUAGCACCUACUGAAGCAAGCCAGAUAUUCCGUCGUCAGGUGCUGUGUGUGCUAAUACCCUGGGGUAUAGUAUGCGCAACCUGUAUCGCUUUGGAAAAAACGGCCAGGUACUAUCUGAUCUAUAGUCGGAUAAUAUUGCUUGGGGCGAUCUCACUAUCGAUAUCUUUCAACUUGGUUUGUCUCGUUCUGGUGGGGAUCAUGUACCUACGAACUCGGAAAUCAAUGCAGCAACUAAAAAUUUAUAGGAAGGGUAAAUUUGCCUCAAAGAAAGAACUUGUUUUUAUGUCAGUUAAAACUGUAAUCUUAAGUGGAAUUGGGAUUAUUAUUAGAAUUGGGUUUCACCAGGUACAGGACGUGGCACAGCUUGUGUACUGUGUACAUAUAGCUACAAUGGUGCAGGGACCACUGAUGUAUGUUUUUUUUCAUUUGUAACGGAACAACGCUCCCCAUACUCAAGAAGAUGAUACUGGCGGGUUUCAACCCAGACAUCACCAUCCCGGAGCAAGAGCUGUGCUCAGCAGCUGAGAGAAAUCUAGCGAGGAGGGUGAAAGAACAGGCUGCCGUUGCAGAAUCCUCGUUGUAACCUCUGUAAGCAUUCUUCUGAAAGGAUUGUCUUUCACUAUAGAUCGUUCUAAAGCGUGUGAUUAGUCAUACAGACAGAACCUAGCAGACGAGACAAAAUUAACUGCGACUGAUUUCGCAAAACAGUGCCUCAGAUUUAUAAUUGAUUCUAUAUUUACAAAUAAUUACUUAUUUGUAUGUGGUUGCAUAGAAGACUGUAAUAAUUAGUUAUAGGUGUCCUACAUAAUCUCAAGUGAACACACAGAAGUUAAAUAAGAGUUUUACAUAGGAGUGGACUAAUGCGCUUUUGUGGGAUGGGAUGUUGAGUUGGUGAUAUAGAGGUACACAAAAGUGAUACACAGGACGUCAAAAAGUAAUCUGUACCCUGUGUUGUAGUCUUAAACAAGGAAGAACACCAUUUAAAAAAGGAUUUAUGCAGAUAGUAUUAUGGUAGGAAAGAGAUGUGCCAGAAGUUGAACUGAAAGGACAUACAUUUUUCCAUAAGUGUAACAGCGUAGUAUGUACUGUUUAUUGUGAAUUGUUACCAAUAAAAGAACGGCCAUAAGAAAUGA